AACGUAAUCGAAACGUAUCCGUGAGAUCCACGUGGUCUAUAAUGGCGUCGCCAUUUCGGUAAGUCUUACAUGCUUCUCUCUGCUCUGCUCAGCACUGCACAUAAAUUUGCUCCAUCACAGUGUCCAUAUACAAACAUAGAUAGAGAUAAAAGGAGCUCACAAAACUCGUCCCAAUCCAAGAGCCAAAACCCCAAAAGCUUCCACCUUUUCUUUUCAACACAAACAGACACAGAGGUUUGCAGUAUGUUUGCCGAAGAGAAUGGUCUUAAGGGAGACCCAAGGCUGCAAGCCAUAUCUCAAGCCAUUAGGGUGGUGCCUCACUUCCCUAAACAAGGAAUAAUGUUUCAAGACAUUACGACAUUGUUGUUGGAUCACAAGGCCUUCAAAGACACGAUCGACAUUUUUGUCGAUCGUUACAGAGACAUGCACAUUUCCGUUGUUGCCGGAGUGGAAGCAAGAGGAUUCAUGUUCGGUCCACCGAUCGCGCUGGGCAUUGGCGCAAAGUUUGUUCCUUUACGCAAGCCUCGAAAACUCCCCAGCGAAGUGAUAUCAGAGCAGUACGAGCUAGAAUAUGGAAGUGAUUGUUUGGAGUUGCAUGUUGGGGCUGUCCAGCCGGGUGAAAGGGCCUUAAUUAUUGAUGACAUGGUGGCCACCGGCGGAACUCUGUCGGCAGCAAUAAGACUUCUGGAACGUGUUGGUGCUGAAGUGGUUGAGUGUGCUUGUGUCAUUGGCGUGCCCGAGGUUAAGGGACAUUGCAGGCUUAAUGGGAAGCCAUUGUAUGUGCUUGUGGAGCCACGGGAAAUAGAUAGUUGUUUGAGAUGUGAUUGCAGUCCGGUUGCAGCUGACGUUAAAAAGGAAGAGUGUUUGAGGAGAAAGGUGAUGAUGUGCUCCUCAUAUCAGUUCUCACCUGAAUGGGCUCCCAAUUGAGAAUUGUAUUGCUCUGCUUCAUUAUUUUCUUUCUUGUUAGUUAUCAUUUCAUGUAUCUACCACCAGCGUACAACCAUUAAUCCAGCGUUGAAUUUUUUUAUCCCAACUUUCAUAUCAUAUUCCA